AUGGGCGCCUCUUCACCAUCUUCUGAGGCAGCUGCUGAGAAUAAUAAGCUACUCACAGCUGACGAAUAUCGAUUGAUCGUUCUUCGAAGCAUUGCUGAAGGUUGUUCAUGGAAGCAGAUAUUGGAGAAAUUAUUCUCCGACAAAUCAAGGCAGCAUCCGGUAGUGUUGCAUGCAGUUCGAGAUUUUUAUGUGGAAACAUUGUCGGAAUUCGUAACAAACGAUGUUCUGGACAAUAUCACCGAACUUUGUUGCAGCCGAAAUCAAGAAUUUCUAUCUAGAGUAAAGGAGUACGAAGAUGCAUCUUUAGAUUCGAAAUCUUGGAAAACGCUCCCCAGUUGCACCUGUAAAGACAAGAGGAGGGUCGAAUUGGAACAACAACAGCUUAUUAAUCUCGAUGCCGUUCUCAAAGAUGAGCCAAGAAGACGGAAACAGAUCGUAGCGAAGUUUCACCGGUUGCUCAAUGAGUUAGUCCCGCAUUUUUCAAGCGAAAAAGUCGAGAAGGAACUACUGCGAGUUAUUGUCAGCUGGUUCAAAUCAGGCGAAAUGACCUUGUCGCACUUUCUCAUAUGGCAUAAUUCGUUGGCAAAACAGAAAGAGGUGCAUCUCAGUGACCUGAAAAAUGCAAAAUGGACGCUGACAAACACUGAGGACACGUUUUUCGAUCGGUUCCAGGUCGCUCUCAAUGAAAUUCCUACGAAAGACUUGUCUACUGAGAAUAGGAACCAACUCAAAGAGUUUUUGACUGGAGUUAUAACAACAGGAACGACGUUGCAAGAAACCAACGGGAAACGUCACAGAAUGUUAUCAAAACUGUUUUAUCUGAGUAGUUACAAAAGUCAUUUGGAGGAUAAACUUAGCAAAGAUAAAUCUAUUUCUGAAAUUAACCUCUAUGCGGAGUAUGCAAUUAUUGUGGACUGCAGUCUUUCGAAUGAGAAGUGGCACGGAAUCAACCUAUCUCUUGUGGCGGAGAAAAUCAUAAUUAAAGGGAAAUGCGAGAUCAAUUUAUCAGGACUCAACCAUCGCCGCGACAUUAGAGGAAAAGCGCGAAGUGGAAGAAAUAGAGGAGAGAAGGGAGAAAAUGGCAGUGAUGGAAUUGCGGGCGAGUCAAGUGGCAACAUCUUCCUUUGCGCAAACGAAGUGAAGAAUCCAGGGAAUUUGAAGGUCAUCUUAAAUGGAGGCGAUGGAGAAGGAGGACAAGAUGGAGGGGAGGGAGUUGACGGGCUUCAUGGAAGAAAAAACACCAAAGAUGAUCUGAAUUCUCUUCUUCCUAAGUACGAAUCUCUCUACUUAUGUGACUGGACCGUAUUCAGUAAUUACGACCCCGGAAAAGGAUGGACCAAAACGUUUGGAGAGAGCAGAUACAAAGGAUUUGAAGAGUGGAUAGAGCGCACAUACAAGUGCGACGAUGGUCGUGAGAUGGACUUCGCCAUAGCAGGAAUGCGAAAGCUGCUAUGUACAGUAUACGAUUUUAGAUUCGUACUCAGAGGAGGGAAAGGUUCAAUGGGAUCAGAAGGUGGCGCGAACGGAGUGGGAGGUGAAGGAGGGAAUCGAGGUGUUUUCACAGCUCGAAGAAUCUCGACUGCGGAUCGCAUAACUGGAAUAGACGUAGAAAUGAAGAGAGGCAAUGAUGGUGUUGACGGCAAGUGUGGAAGACCUGGAGAUCCUGGAAGCAAUGGAAACGAUGUGGCAUUCAUUGAUCAGUCUGGGGGCUGGAAUGGGUUCGGUAGGGAUGAUGACCUUUGGAAAUAUGGGCUCAGUAGUGAACAGAGCCUUAGUUAUACUUAUCAUUAUGAGUCGGAGAAGUACACACGGCUUAGUGGAUACAGAAUGUACAAACUAGGGAAAAAAGACUGUUUUGUUGGUAUAUCGACUACCAGUGUCGAUAAAAUUCAAUCUACAAAAAGUACUGAGAAACGCUGUACAAGUGAUAGACAAAGGCGUUCACAGGCAGUCAGUAAACAAAAUAUCUCCGUCGAUAUGGUUCUUGGGGAGUACAUGACCCAGUGCGUGGGAGAGGAAGUCGACAUUGACUACAAUAAAAAUGCCGAGUUUUGCGUACAUGUUGUGGAGGAAACCGAAGAGGAACAACGAGCAAAGGAGCAGAUUACGGUAGUGAAAGUGCACGUAGAUGAUGAGAAAACACGAUAUUACAAGAAAGAGCAAAAGAAAACUAUUGAACCUGAAAAAGUUGUGAAACGAGUUCACAGUGCGGUUAAUUUGGGCACGUCGAACACCCUUGAAGAUCUCAUCUCUCUGUGGAAUGAUGUGUUCAGUGCACCAAUCGAUGUCAGUGGAAUCAUUGAACAGAAUUUGGACAAACUAGCUGAGCAGACAAAUAACGUCGAACAAAAUCGUCUCGCUUUUGAAAACAGAUCUCGUCUUCGCAACGGAAUGACGCGAGAUGACGUUCAGGAAUUUGCUAAUGGACUGAUAAGCAGACUAAAAGAGAAGAAACUUCUUUCCAGCUUGCCUGAAGAUGAAUCUGUGCCUGUGGAGGACGUGUUUGAUCUCUCCCUCAAAAGAGAAGGAGCUGAGCUUAUCGACGUACGUCCCGUGCCCUUGGAUGAUUUCUGGAGUACGGUGGAUGGUCUUGCUGAUGGAUUUCGUAAGCAGGAGAUAGAUAAGCUUUUCAACCAACUGGAAUAUAAAUCUGCGUCAACCGCUCUUCUCAUAGCGCUACACAAAAUUAACGAAUAUCUAUCAAAAUAUGACAAGAUCUUUGAGAACUACAAGAAAGCAGAUCUGAACUGGUGUAACGUAAACGAGGCUAAAGCAUUCUUGAGAACAUUUGUGAGCAGCGAGGAGCGAAAUAAACUUCUAGACGAUGAUCGUGUUGCCGAAGAUCAAGCGAAAGACAGCGUUGAACAUCUCCCUUCCGAAGAUGAUGCAUCAAAACAAAACGAGAAGAAAGAAUCAAAAUGGGUCAACUUUACCGACUCCGUGUCCAACUUCCUCAAAUCAUAUAGGGAUGAAUCUUUCAAAGAUGUUGCCGAGCUGAUGAAAAAACAUAUGAAAGAAAUCAUAAGCACGUUUGAGAGUUUUGCGCAAUUGUUAAACCACAACCCACAGUUGUACGAUAGAUUUUCGAUUGAGAAGAGUACAGUGAGACAACAACCAUCAGUUCCUGGAUCGACUCCGAUGAGUCUUGUGCACAUGUACUUUGUGUCACAACAAAUACUCGAAUACAAUAUGAAACUUUUCCGGUAUUAUCAGGUUUAUGAAAAAAAUAUCCUAACACCGCGUGAUUGGUUCAACGAUGAUGAGGAUAUCAUUCUGACGAUUGAAGAUUUCACCUCGCUUCUGAGUAAAAAGGGGAUGCCAACAAACCUAACUGAUAUGAAGAAGUUUAUGCUCCGAAAUGGAAUCAAAUGUGCUGCAUACAGGUUGUUCAUUGCUGAUCAACAAAAUGUUAACGUCCAGGUCUUUUGCCACAGUGGUUAUUCAAAAAUGCGUUUGGUGGAGAAUCUGAAUCCAUUCGUGGAUAAGGUCCGGAUGCUAUACAUAAGCAAAACGGGAAAAGUAUCUAGCAUUAGCGCUGAUUUGGUGAUACGCAAGCUCCGCCGUAGCCUGGAAUCACGCCGGCUGAACAUUCCCGUGCCUACAUCAAAUGGAGAACUGGACUUGACACCGUACUUUUCCGACAAAUAUAUUGUGGAAGAAUGGAGCAGAGCAAUGGAUGUUACAUCAGGACCGAAAUUUUUGCGAUUUCUUCAGAAGAUAUUCUCUUUAAGAGGAUGUUCUUUUUCUAUUCCUGAAUUUCAGUUCAUGUUGAAUACUGUCAUUGAUGUAAUUUGCAACUUCAACGUAUCCACCGAUAAUCUUGUCUCUUGUGUGCUUUCUAAGGAUGGCAUAAUUCAUGAUCUUUGGUUAGCGAUUCGUCUCAUUGCUGCCAUGAGAGAGAACGCGCCAAAAUUCAAAGCGUUAGUCGCAGAUGUCGCGGUUAUUCAAGAACCCAUGUUGAGGACACUUUUCGGUUCAAAACUGCAUGAAAUCGAGCUCGAUCAGCCUACGCUUAGAAACCUCAUUGACAUGUUGUCACAUGCAGAGGAUCGAGUAACGCAGCUGGAAAAGAUUUCCUUGUCCGAAUGGGUUGACAUCGCCAAAUGCCAAACCUGGGUGUCCUAUGCUCCUUUGCUCAAGGAGUACGGGACUGUUGGCUACUUCUUCGUCUUCCUCAACUCACUUGGGCAAUCCGAAGGUGAACACCUUCGUAGACUCAUUGAUAGGAUUGCUAGAAAUGGCGAGGUGAUGAUUUUUGAAAAGGUCAUAUCACUUAUUUCUUACAUGAUCGCGUACAAAGAGCUGGAACUUAGUGAAGAAUCCGUGGAAGAUGUAAAAAGACUUCUGGAAUCGGCAAGUUUACUUUCUUCUUCGACACUGAUUAAAGACAGGCUGAACUUUGCUUCACUCGUUCAGUCUGGAUAUGCCCAAAAAUUUGGUAAUAUUUAUCUUCUCACUAACGAAGCUAUGCAGCUUGCUUGGAUGAAAGAAGUCAUGAAGUCACCGGUAUGGACUCGUGUCUUCCCGUCAAACGACCGUACGCUUUCUGAUGUUGUGCGGCUCACGAUUAAUCCACAGGAUGAUGAGAAACAGAAGGAAUCUCGAAGAGCUGCUUUGAAUGAAAUCGAGGGCUUGCUGAAAAAUACUGGAACGAAGGAUCCUCAUCUAAUAAUUCUGAAGCAAAUCGAUGAAGUGUUGCUAAAGAAGCGAAAAAUUCGUCUCCGAGAUACACAGAAAAUAGCAGUUCUUAGUGCCGUAAAAAACAAGAAAAACUUAUUGUCACAGGUGAAUACUGGUGAAGGAAAGAGUUACAUUAUUGUUGCCCUUGCAAUAAUGAGGAUAAGGACAGGAGACGAGAAGGAGACGGUUGACAUCAUAACGAGCUCAUCUGUUUUAGCUCAGAGAGACGCAGAAAGCAUGCGAGACAUAUACAAAGAAUUCGGAAUCACAGUUUCACAUAAUUGUGAUGAAGAUAUGGAGAAACGAAAGAACGCAUACAGCUGUAGAGUUGUUUACGGUGACAUUACAAGAUUUGAAAGAGAUCAUCUACUGCAUAAUUUCUACAAACGGAAUAUACUUGGAUCACGUGUAAGAUGUAACGUUAUCGUCGACGAAGUGGAUAGUAUGUUGCUUGACAACGGUAGCAACAUGCUGUAUCUGUCGCACAAUAUUCCUGGACUUGAGCAGCUGGAAUCAUUGUUUUUGUUUAUUCAUAAACAGAUUUACAUGCCUGCAUUUAAUGCUGAAGAUGAAGAAAAUUUUAAUUCACAAGAACUCCGGAAGAAAGUGUUGAUGGAUAUGUGUGGACUAAUAACAAAGAAGGAUGUGGCUGGUCUUCUGUAUGAUGAGAAGAAAACUUCGGAUAUCGGAGUGAUAUGGCGUUUGCUGCUGAAGAACCACAUCAUCGACGAAGAAGGUCUUUUGCUUUCGCCCACUCUUAACAACAUUAAGGAACUUGCUGUGGAACUGAAAACUGAAUGCGGUGUUACUUUGGCUGGUAGAGUCCUUGCAAUGCUAACCAUCGUGCGGAACCGAACGAGGGAGAUAACCGUGCCCGGCUAUCUCCGAGACUUUGCCCUAUUUCAUCUAGACGAGUUCAUUGAAAACGCGAAAAAAGCGCUGUUUCUCAAACACAACGAUGAAUAUGUAGUGGAUGUGGAUCACACUGGAAGAAGUGGUGAUCUACAACCGCUUGUCACUAUUAUUGACAAAGGCACCGGAACGGAUUUGAGUACUUCGCAAUGGAGUGAAGGAUUACAUCAAUUCCUCCAACUAAAACACGGAUGCCGUUUAUCACCACUGAGUUUGAAAGCAGUUUUUAUCUCCAACGUAUCCUACCUUAAGGGCUAUGUAAGGCUCAAUGGUUAUAGUGGAACAUUAGGAUCGAAAGAAGAAAGCAGUAGCCUGGUCACACUUUACGAUGCCGAUCUGGUGAGAAUCCCUACAUGGAAGGCAAAAACAUUCAACGAAAAUGCACCGGUAUUGGCAACAACAACUGAGGAAUGGAUCAAAGAAAUCUACGACGAGACGUGCGAUCAAGUUCUCGCGUCAAGAUCAGUCUUGAUAAUUUGUCAAUCUAUCGCUGAAGUGGAGAAUUUGUACAAAGGACUUUCAAACUUGUAUACGCAGGAGCCGAAGCCUCGCCAAACCAACCUCAAGGACACCUUCGACAAUAUUGUCGUCUACAAGAGAGAGUUUGAUGAAUUCGAUUUUUCGAACACCGGCGGUCUUAUGUGCUCGAGAUUGAUCAUUUCUACGAAUCUUGCUGGACGUGGAACUGAUAUAAUCCUCACCAAGCAGCUUGCAAGUGCUGGAGGCCUACACAUAAUUGUUUCGUUCCUCCCGGAAAACAGCCGAAUUGAGGACCAAGCAUACGGUAGAUCAGCACGGUGUGGUCAGCCAGGAUCUGGACAAAUCAUCACCUUAGUUGAGAAUGAGAAUGCAACGAAUAUUUUCCAGCUAAAACAGUUCCGCGACAAUGCUGAGGUGCAUCGUCUUCGCUCUCUCAAACAGUUCUACGACUAUCAUAUUGAAGUUGAAGAAACGUGUCUCACUCUUUUUAAGGAUUUCUGUAGUGGUGUAUUGUCGAGUGUUUAUAGUCACUCAGAAGAUACUCUGCCAACAUUACUGCAAACGGUUUACUUUGCGCUUUUAGAUGAAUGGGCAAUGUGGCUGGACAGGAAGACGGAAGCAAUUAAAAAGUGUGAGCAGAACAAAAGUAACCAAGAAAAGGAACAGAUUAUUGAGUCUGUCAAAGAGUUUCUCAAGGACCACCCACUGCCAGAAGUCCGAAAGACGGCCGCUGACGCAAAACCAAACGUGCAAAAAGCUUUUACUUGGAUUACUUGUCCUCAGCCGUUCCUCGCUUCCGCAUUGAUCGAUAUUGCCAAUGGUGAACUUUCGUCGGCUUCGCAAACUCUAGAUAAGGUAUUGGAAGAUUUUCCGGAAUUUGCUGCCGAAGCGUACUAUUACAAAGGCGUAGUCAAACAACAACAAAUCCGUCAAGUUAAGACCACUGUCCUUCGAGAAAUAGUUAGUGUGGGCUAUGCUCCGGAAAGGAUCAUAGAAAAUGACGAAGAAAUGUUGAAGCAGGCGACUAUCUGCCUUCUAAACGCUAGAGGGUUGUUCACAGCUCGAGCUCAGCAGAAGAAUCUGAUGAGUAGUAUUGUUUGUACACUGCAACAGAACCCAUGUAUUGUGAAAUCUCGCGGUUUUGCCGUGCAACAGGAAGAAGCCGUCGCUGUACUCGAGACUUUUGUAGGGCACAUCGACGACAUCCUAGGACAUACUGUAAAACCUGACGACGUUCGGCUGUAUGGCGAACCACCGUCGAUGCAUGUUCGUCGCUUUAGGGAGUUUCGAAGAGCUGGUAUUUUUUCACCGACCACGUUAUCUAAAUCAUACACAAGGAUGCAGCUGGACAUGAUUUCUUACAAUCACGGGAUUUCUGUUCCAAUGUUGAGCUCAGCAUUGCACACAUUGAACAAUAGUGCCGAUAUUGACGAGCACGAUGGGUUUAAAGUCAUAACAGCUGACGUUCUUGCUGAGGCCUUUUCUAUGCCUAGUGUCACUGGCUUCUGGGACUCGUUACGACGUGCAGGAUGUUUCUUUCGAGAGAAUGUUUACGUUGCUGUGAAAAAGUCACAGUUUUCCCAUGUUAAUGUUGUGAAGAGCUUAACACCAGUCACUCUCAAGAGAACUCCCUUCCUAAUACAGCUGUCUGAAAACAACCUGGAUGAGUGUAACCUCUAUGAUGUAGGUGGAGCAGCACGGGAACUCAGAGAAGACGAUGUGAAGAAUCAUGAACUGCAGGAGUGCUUGGAAGUUGGUACAGCAACGAUCGAGGUCGUAGCGGAGAUGAAUCCACUCGUUCUUCAUUCCAUCGAACAUUUAGAUCAGUUCGAUUUUCUUACAAAAGAGAUGCUGAUGAGGGAGCUAGCAGUAUCACCCACAGAAGCCGCCUGGAUUUUGGAAAAACUCGUUGAACGCAACAUUUUACUGAGAAGAAUAGCUAAAGUUGAGUGCGAAACUGAAGAAAAGGAUGAGAACGAAAACUUGGUAUUUGAAAGAAAUGAGAGCGACGGAGAUGAAACUAACACGAGCGGGAAGGAAAUGGAUGAAAAUGACAAUUCAGGCGAAGAAGUUGUCUAUCUUUUGGUGGAAAAAAUAAAUUGUGACAUGUUCCCUGAAAAUAUUCGGUCGAUUUUAGAAAGAUUGCUGACCAAACAAUUCUGCUACGGAUAUGCGUUAAAAUCGUUACGUAGUAGUGUUCGUGAGGCAAUUUCUGGAAAAAACGUUGUGCACAGGAUCCUGCUUCCUUCAAAACCUUACUCCGAUCUUCAUGCUAAUCUCCUGGCCUGCGGAAUACUUAAUCAUGAGAGGUUAACCCGACUAUUGACGGAUGUUUACUCACCCGAUACGCAUUUCUUCUCAAAGGAUGACCAUUUCAUCGAUAAGGUGAUAUACGACCGUUUGCAGUCGAAAGCACCAUGGAUCCUUAUAAACAAAUGUAAACUUGUUUCUACAGUCACAUAUCUCAAAGAGAAAGGUAUUUUGCCUGGUCAAGAGAUGCGAAAGAUUAUCUGUGGUGGAAUGCGUCAAGUAGCGGUCAUCACGAAGCCUAACCCAUGGAUUUGGGCUCUCGGAUUGUUCGUGGUUUUAGCUUGUGUAGCUGUCGCAAUAUUUCUCGGUCCUGUCGCUUUAGCAAUAGGACUUUGUGCUUUGGCACCCGUCGGAACAACGUUAUUCGUGCUAGCUGCCAUGGGUGCUAAUCAGAAGAUACACUCUACUAUAGACGAGUUCAAAAUUCUCAGGGAUUUCCAUGAGGUAGCUAUCGCACAAAAGGAGAAGGAAGCCAGAGAUAAUGUCCUCAUCAAGGAAGUACGACACAUUAGCAAUCUAUUCGUGCAAUGUAUCGCGGAAAAAGCCCGAUUCGCCUGCAAUCUUACAGACAGUGAUGAAGACGUCGCUGAUUUGAAAAAUGUGGUCAACAGUUGCUGCGAGAAAUCCGAACAUUUACCUCUACUGAAGGCUGGUAUUCGGAGAUGGUUCACUUCAAAUGCUUUUAGCAUGCAGCUGUCCCACUAUGGUUUCGUAUUCGAAGAAGGUCCACUACCAAAUCCACCUACUCGCUUGGAUCCUCCAAAAGUUCUUUUUGCUUUUGGCAGUUUGCUUAUAGCUGAGAUCAACUCUACUCUACGAGGAAUGGACAGAAAGAAGACUAAACAGUUGGGCCGAGUCAUUAAAAAACGCCUCGAAUACAAUGAGUUCAUGGAUAUCCAAAACAGCAAAAAUGAAGACAAGGGUGCAGAGAAGAGCGAAAGAUCUCUACGUAAAGUUCUACGGGACGCAUUGAGAGAGACUGUUGAUCCGAUAGUAGAAGAGUGUAUCAGAGACAUCGUACAACCAGCGAUGAACAAAGUAGAAUCUGUAAAAAGAGAACGAAAAGAUGCGAAAAUAGAAGCUGUGGACGAAAAGUUGAUUGCGAAGAAAAAAAUUAUCUACGACAAGGAAAGAAGAACCAAAAAUAACAGCACAGAUUUCUUAGCUACGGAUCUGCAUAACAUCUUUCUUAGAAUCUGUUUCCGGGAAGCUAGACCCGAAAUCAUUCAACAUAUGGUCCAUUAUAACUAUCCUUUGAGCGCCCACUGUGCGACGAGUGUGUUUAACGGUGUUGUUGAGAUGUUAAAGAGUUUAAAUGUUAAAACUCUGCUUAUUAAUCUCAAAAGAGACAAUGAAACGAUUUUCUCCUACAGUGCGACUUCGAUCGCUAAUAGCGGUAUAGAAACGCGUUCGGACUGGGACCGGAAAGCUUUAUUCAGAAACUGGAAGAAAUUAUCGGCAAUUCGUCCGGUGUUGGCAGUACUUGGGUUAGCGAGGCGAAGUGGCACUCAAACGAAAAGCUCGUCUGUCCUGUGUGAACGUGGACAGAACAAGGAUAUUCACAAAGAAGACGGGAUUACGAUCUACCACAUUAAAAAAACACUUCCGCUCUACGAUAAUCGUCACUUAGUUCUAGCAUGCAGUGCAUGUCCAACUGUCCGUUUUAAGGAAAUCACUACCUUUCCAGUAUUUUCUUUUUGA